AUCAUAUUUACUCGUUACUGAAUUAAUACAGUUAUAUUUUCACGGUCCUAGAAAAUAUUUUGGUGAUAUAUUUAAUAGUUUUGACAUAAGUUCCAUUUUACUUCCCAUGAUAGUAAUGUCAAUAAUGCUUCAAGAUUUUAAAUAUUCUGAUGGCUUUGCAAGCGUUGAAUCAGUUGAUAUGGGAUUGAUGGUGGGGACAUCAUUCUCAAUUUUCUUUCUUUGGAUCGAAUUUAUUUUAUAUCUCCGUCUAAUAUCAAAAAUAGCUAUUUAUAUUUACUAUGUUAUAUAUAUCGUCAAAAACAUAUUUCCAUUUAUUGUGUUUAUGUUCAUUGUAAUAAUAGGAUUCGCGCACACAAUGUUCGUUUUACUUAAGAACCCUAAUAAUCCCCAAAUUAAUUUGAAAUCAGAUACAUUAAGUGGAACUGCUGAAAAUUUAAAUAAUGAAACAUUAUUUAAUAUUAAGCUUGUAUCUGAUUAUGAUGUUCAAGACAAGAAUGAUAACCCGUUUUCAUCCUUUUCUACGGCAAUAAUGGCCGCAUAUUUUUGGUUAAAUGGUGAUUUGAUUCAAAGAGAUCAUUUUGAUUUUUGGGUUAUUGAUUUAUUUACCUUAAUUGCUAGUAUUUUUAUUGUAACUGUUUUACAAAAUAUGUUGAUUGCUUUCAUGGGUGGAGUAUAUGAAAGAGCAGAAACUAAGGGUAGACAAGCUUUAUUAAGAUUUAGAGCGAAUCAAAUAGCAGAUUAUGAAGCAUUAGAACAUUUUCAUUUUUGGCCUCCUGAAACCGAACCAAAAUAUAUUUAUUAUGUUGGUCGAUCUAAAAAUUUUCAAGAAUGGUAUGAAAAGAAAAAAGAUGAUCAGGGUGAAAUUUAUAAAGAUUUUGAAGAAAAAUCUACAAUUAAUAAUCAAGCUUUUAUAGAUGUUGAUUAUAAUGAUGUAUCAAUUUGGAAAUUCGAUGAUAAUAAUUCAUCUAAUACCAAAGGUAAAAAGAGGGAAGAUUCUACUGAUUCUUCAAGGCUAUCAAAAAUAGUGGAAGAAAAUAAUAAUACUCCUGUAAAUUCCUUAGAAAAAUCACAAGAUGUGGUUUUGAAUGAAAUUAAUGAAAUGAAAAAAAUGAGAGAUAAUAUUAAUAAUUUAAUUAAUCAAAUGUAUAUUAAAUUUAAUAUACCUCAAUGAAUGGUACAAUUUUGUAAUAUUAGCAAUGU